UGGGCUGCAGACCACUCACAUCAACAAUACAUCAACGAGAGCUAUUUUUUUUCAGUGCAGAUUGUAUUUCACUGCAUUUGGAUGACAUAGUUGUCACCUUUUGUCAAAUCACCAAUUUCCUUGCGUCUUUUUUUCUUUUCUUUUGUUCGUUUCUUUUGUCAAUUUCCUUUGUCGCAAUGGUCCGCUCCACAUCCACCCUCCUCGCCAUCGUGGCAUCCCUCGGCUUCCAACAAUUCGCAUCUGCAGUCCCCAUUUCAGGACUAGACAGGGGCGUUAUCGCAUAUGGUCUCACGACCCGCGACAUCGAGGCCCAAAAACCAGAAGCACCCUCAGAAGUACUCUCAAGACGAGGGGAUGCGGCAUCACCCGAAACCCGCGGCGAGGAGCUGCUGGAGAUGCACCAAAAAGCAAUCAAGACCAACAUUGCCGACUCCACCACGUCGCCGGACAAGAAGGACGCCACCGGCUUCGACGCCAGCGACCCGCUCAAGCGGCCGCUCGUGUUCCCCGAGACCAUGUACGGGGGCGUGCACAGUAUCACCAAGAUCGCGCUGCCGGACUGGCGCGUCAUCGCGGCCGAGUGGGAGGCGGUCAGGGACCUCUCCAAGGACGACAUGGGCGGCUUCGAGCCGAGCGGCAGGGCGCGCCGCGUGAAGCUGCAGCAGUCGCACGACAGGAACAUCGUCGAGGGCGUGUACGCCGAGGACGGCGACUUCAUCGCGCUGUCGACGGCGGACCCGAGCCGCGCCGACAGGGACGUGCCCGUGUUUGAGCUGGUGUGGCAGUCGUUUGCGGACGUCGCCGGCGACAGGGUCAAGAACCUCAGGGCCAUCUACCUGACGGACCUGGCGUCGGACGAGUUCAAAAAGGCCGCCGGGCUCAACUACGAGGACGCAAAGCAGGACAAGGACAAGAAGGUGACGUGGGAGAUCAAGAACAACCCCAGGCCAAAGAGGUUCCAGCGCUUUGUGGGCGUCGAGCCAGUGUCGGGCAUGUUGAUGAUGCUCAUGAACCACCAUCAGAAGCUGGGCAACAAGGAGGUGACGAAGAUCAUCACCAUGCCGGCCAAGGGUAGCAAGGAUCUGAGCAAGGUCACGGUUGCUUUGGUGUUGGAGGACGCAAAAUAGGUUUGCUUUGUAGUUAUUUUGGGAUGUUGAGAUACCCUUUUCCUUUGUAUAUCUAGCGAACUUGCAUUUAAUUGUUGUUUUCUGUGCA